GAACCCGAUGGAGCGGAUAUAUCAAGGAACAUUCUAUUUCCACUUCCGAAACCUUCGCUAUGCCUCUGGCCGGAACACCGCCUUCCUAUGCUACCGAGUGGAAGCCGUGGAGCACCGCUCGCCUGUCUAUCCCUGUCCUCCCCGCCAUGCAGAAUUGUGCUUCCUCUCUUGGUUCUUCAACAACGUGCUGUCCCAUGACAAGCACUACUUGGUCACCUGGUACAUAUCCUGGAGCCCAUGCUGCAAGUGUGCAGAACAGGUGGCCGACUUCCUGGCCAGGCACAGAAACGUGACGCUGACCAUCUUCACCGCCCGCCUCUACUACUUUUGGGAAUCAGAAUACAGGCAGGGGCUUCGCAGGCUGUGCUGGGAAGGGGCCCAGGUGAACGUCAUGUCCUUCCAAGAAUUUCAAAGCUGCUGGGAAGAGUUUGUGUACAACCAGGGAAUGCCCUUCAAGCCUUGGAAGAAACACGACAAAUUUUCACUUCCUGAACUCCAUGCUGGGGGACAUUCUCAGAGGGGCCUGCCUCCAUCAGAGGCCCUGCUCUGCCAAGCCGGAAGGAGAGAAGAUGGGCCAGAGGCAGAGGAAGCCAAACCCUGCAGGCCCUCCCACCCCAGGAAGAAGGUGGGGCCUCCACUCAGAUGUCCCUGGGAGGUCUCCCAAAACAGGAAAUGGAGCCUGAGUGCCCAUGACAAAAAGGCAGAGCUGAGACAAGCCAGCCAAGGAGGCUGUGUCCAGACUCCACACAUCAGGCUAAGAGUGGCCUUGCCUGAGAGAAGCGGAGCCAGGGCGCCCGUUUCAAAGGGAGAGCUUGGACAAGUCCACAAGGAGUUGCAGCCGGGCUGCAGGGACCAGGUCCCUGGACAUGUUCUGUGGGCACAGCCACCCGUGGGUACAGCUGCUGGGUCUUCUGAAAGCUCUCUGUUCAAGCUCAGUUGCAGACUUCAGGUUGAAGGGUGAUUGCAACGACUGGAGUCAUCUCCAAAGAUAUGUUUAUACAUUUUAUUUAAAAGACUUGUAUAAUUUUGCAAAGAAUGUUCUAAUUUUUGCUCUGUGGAGGAAAAACUCUAUGCAGGACAAAAGAUAACUUGUUUCCCAUGAAGACACUACCAGUGUGAAACAGAAAUUAAAUUGGUCUUUAAAUAAUUCUUAAAA